AUGACUUCUUUCACUAAGCUCGGCGACCAUGAGACCCCGGUCAUCGCCGUUCAUCCUUCUCGUCGCGUCUCGAAGAUUAACCCCAAUAUCUAUGCUGGCUUUACUGAGCACAUGGGCCGAUGCAUCUACGGCGGCAUCUACGACCCCGGUAACCCACUGUCCGACGAGAAUGGCUUCCGAAAGGACGUCAUGGGUGCGCUGAAAGACCUCAACAUUCCUGUUGUUCGGUAUCCUGGAGGCAACUUCUGUGCUACCUAUCACUGGCUCGAUGGUGUUGGUCCUAAGGACCAGCGACCCUCGCGCCCCGAGCUUGCCUGGCUGGGCACAGAGACCAACCAGUUUGGAACGGACGAGUUCAUGAAGUGGUGCGAGGAGCUCGGCACUGAGCCCUAUCUCUGCUUCAACUUUGGAACUGGUACUCUGGACGAAGCUCUUGCUUGGGUGGAAUACUGCAACGGCACUGGCAACACAUACUAUGCCAACAUGCGCCGCAAGAACGGCCGUGAGGAGCCAUACAAUGUCAAAUACUGGGCCCUCGGAAACGAGGUUUGGGGUCCCUGGCAAGUCGAACAGAUGACCAAGGAAGCAUAUGCCCACAAGGCACUGCAGUGGGCCAAAGCUCUCAAACUCCUCGACCCCAGCCUCAUCCUCAUCCUCUGCGGCCAAGACGGCACCGCAACCUGGGACUACUACACCCUAAAGCAAUGCCUUCUCCCCGCGCACUCCGCCCUAUCAACCAGCGCAGUCCCCCUCAUCGACAUGCACAGCAUCCACAUGUACACCUGCUCAAACAGCCACCUCCCCAACGCCACAGCCCCGCUGGCCGCCGAACGCGCCAUCGAAAUAACCUCCUCCCUCAUCGACCUCGCCCGGAUCGAAAACGGCGUACCCCCCUCCCAACCCCGCCCCACAAUCUGCUUCGACGAAUGGAACGUAUGGGACCCCAUCCGUGCCGAAGGCAGCCGCGGCGCCGAAGAAAGCUACACGCUCUCCGACGCACUCGCCGUCGCAAUCUGGCUGAACGUAUUCAUCCGCAAAUCCCGCGAUGUAGGCAUGGCUUGUAUCGCGCAGACCGUGAAUGUUAUUUCCCCGCUUAUGACUACUCCCGAGGGAAUCGUUAAGCAGACGACUUGGUGGCCGUUGUAUUUGUUUUCGCGGUUUAUGCGUGGGUGGACGGUUGCUGCGCAUGUUUCUUGUGGGACGUAUGAGGGGGAGACGGCGCCUGUUUGGUUGAGGAGUGCGAUGGAGACGCCUUGGUUAGAUGUUAGUGCUUCGGUUGGGGAGGAUGGGCAUGCUAAUCUUGUUGUUGUGAAUAUUCAUGAGGAGAAGGGCUUUGAGACGAAGGUUGAGGGGGUUAGUGGGGAGGUCGAGGUGUUUACCGUUACUGGGGAUGGGGUUGCCGCGACUAAUAUGAAGGGGAAUGCGGAGGAGGUUGGUGUUAAGGAGUCGAAGUGGGAUGGACAGGGGAACUAUACUUUCCCUAAGUUGUCGAUUACUUUGAUGCGGUGGAAGGCCGAGUAG